CCACCGUCCAGAGCAACGGGGAGUGUGGUCAGCAAGUGAAGAAACGGGUCCGAGCAGGUUGGAACGGGCGGAGGAAGGCGUCGGGUGUGUUAUGUGACAGUCGAGUCUCUGCUCGGAUGAAGGGCAAAGUUUAGAAGACAGUGGUGAGGCCGGCCAUGAUGGACGGAUUAGAGACGGCGGCACCGAAGAGACGACAUGAAGAUGUUGAGCUUCGCUCUCGGGGUGACCGGGUUGGAUCAAAUUAGAAACGAGCUCAUCAGAGGGACGGUCGAGAUUCGAUGUUUUGGAGAAAAAGUGAGAGAGAGCAGACUUGGAUGGUGUACCCGCGGGUGCCGAACCGCGACCCUGCGAUUUUGGAGUGACCGGUCGCGGCCUGGCCCCGCCCCGCUCGGUGACGCCACGGGCGGCCUCGCCAAUCGGACGCCGUGUUCACGCGGCGCUUUUAAAGAGCGCGGCUCCAGGACGGCGUCACUUCGCCGCCCGACCUUUGGCGCAGUUCUCCUCUAGCGUCCACGAUGAUCGUCGUCCUUUUGCUGUGCGCGCUGCUCGCGCCCGCCGACCUCUCGGCGCUCUACAAGCGCGCCGCCGCCGCCGCCGCCGUCGGCUGCCCGGAGACGUGCGACAAGUCCCGGUGCGCGCCGCCGCCCUCGCCCGCCGACUGCCCGGCCGGGGUGGCGCCGGACGCGUGCGCCUGCUGCGCGGCGUGCGCGUCCGCCGAGGGCGAGCCGUGCGGCGGGGACGCGCGCCGCUGCGGCGACGGCCUGAGGUGCGCGGCGAGCGACGGCGCGGACGCCACGAGCACCGUGCGGCGCAGGGCCGGAGCGGGCGUGUGCGUUUGCGCCAGCGCCGAGCCCGUGUGCGGCAGCGACGGCGUCACCUACGGCAACGUGUGCCGCCUGCGGCGAGAGCGCGGCCGCGCGCUCCUGGUCGUGCAGAGGGGCGCGUGCGGCGAGGGUCAAAAGAACCCCGACGGUCUUCGCCUCAAGUACAACUUCAUCGCCGACGUGGUGGAGAAGAUCGCACCCGCCGUGGUUCACAUCGAACUUUACCGCAAGAUGAUUUAUUCCAAGCGGGAAGUGGCGGUGGCCAGCGGCUCGGGUUUCGUCGUGUCCGAGGACGGAGUCGUCGUCACCAACGCCCACGUGGUGGCCAAUAAGCAUCGAGUAAAGGUGGAGCUGAAGAGCAGCGGCACGUUCGACGCCAAAAUUCUGGACGUUGACGAGAAGGCCGACAUCGCUCUCAUCAAAAUCGACGUCCGCAGCAAACUUCCGGUGCUGCCGCUGGGCCGCUCGGCCGACCUCCGCCCCGGCGAGUUCGUGGUGGCCAUCGGGAGUCCCUUCUCCCUCCAGAACACGGUGACCACCGGCAUCGUCAGCACCACCACCAGGGGCGGCAAGGAGCUGGGCCUGCGCGACUCCGACAUGGACUACAUCCAGACGGACGCCAUCAUCAACUACGGCAACUCGGGAGGUCCGCUCGUCAACCUGACGUCCAAUAGUUUUUGGGGUGUACCUAAUGAAGCGGCCGCGCGUGUCGUAGGACGGCGAGGUCAUCGGCAUCAACACGCUGAAGGUGACGGCGGGAAUCUCCUUCGCCAUCCCGUCCGACAAAAUCCGACAGUUCCUGACGGAGUCGCACGAGCGCCAGGCCAAAGGAAAGAGCAACGGCAAAAAGAAGUACAUCGGCAUCAGGAUGAUGAGCCUCACGCCAACUCUGGCCAAGGAGCUGAAGGACAGACAGUCGGACUUCGCGGACGUCACGUCGGGCGCUUACGUCGUCGAAGUCCUCAGUCGGACCCCCGCCGAGGCCGCCGGCCUGCGGGAGAGCGACGUGAUCAUCAGCAUCAACGGCGAGCGGGUGUCGUCGGCCGGCGACGUGAGCGCCGCCAUCGGGCGCGACGACGCGUUGCAGCUGGUGGCGAGGCGGGGCAACGAGGACGUCAUCCUCUUCGUCGUGCCCGAGUACGUCGAGCCGUGAGACGGCCUCCGGCCGCCAGGGGGCGCUGUGGGUGGACCGCCUGCUGAGUUGAGGGACGUUGCGUACGUUGCGUGCGUUACGGGCGUUACGGGCGUACCCUUGAGACCUUGCGUCUCACGCGCACAUCAAAGACACACACGCAAGCGUUUGCUACUCGUGUGUCCGUCAAGUGGUUGCUUGGUUACUGUGCUUCGUUUUGAAGUUGUUUUUAUGUCUAUGACUAUUUUUCUAAACAGAAAAUAAAAUUAUUUUUAAGAGUCCUUGAGCUGUUUUUAUUAUGGCGUGUGAUGUUUUUGAAUUUUGUGUCUGCCAUGUUUUUAUUGUGUGCAUUUUUUUUUUAAAUCAUGCCUUUGUUGUGUUUCUAUUAUGUUUAUAAUGAAUCAUUGAAUGAAUUCAUUCAUCAA